GCAGCUGCCGCCGCUGCUGCCACUGCCACCUCCAUUGUCGUCUCUGCUCUUCUCGCGCGUCCGGGGCAUGCUUGGUACUCCUGCGCCCGGCCUCGGCGGCGGCGAGGAUCAAGACCCGCCCGCGGAGACAUGAAGCGCGGCCCGUGGGCAGUCCUGGCCCUGGGGCUGCUGCGCUUCUGCCUAGCCCAGGCCAACUUCGCCCCCCACUUCUUCGACAACGGAGUGGGCAGCACCAGUGGAAACAUGGCCCUAUUUAGCCUCCCAGAGGACACCCCUGUAGGUUCUCAUAUAUAUACCCUAAAUGGGACAGACCCUGAGGGGGACCUCAUCUCCUACCACAUCAGCUUUGACCCCAGCACUAGAAACGUCUUUUCUGUUGACCCCAAUUUUGGAAACAUCACCUUGGUGGAAGAGCUGGACAGAGAGAAGGAGGAUGAGAUCGAAGCCAUCAUCAGCAUUUCUGACGGCUUGAACCUGGUGGCAGAAAAAGUCGUGAUCCUGGUCACCGAUGCUAAUGAUGAAGCGCCCAGGUUUGUCCAGGAGCCUUAUGUCAUCCUGGUUCCUGAGGACACACCUUCUGGGAGCAGCAUCUUUAAAGUUCAUGCAGUAGACAAGGACACAGGCUCCGGAGGGAGUGUCACCUACUUCCUGCAGGACCUGCACUCCACCAAGUUUGCUGUGGAUCGUCACAGUGGUGUGCUGCGCCUCCAGGCUGGAGCCACUCUGGACUACGAGAAGUCCCGAACCCAUUUUGUCACUGUGGUUGCCAAGGAUGGUGGAGGCAGGCUUCGAGGGGCUGAUGUAGUGUUGUCAGCCACUACAACUGUCACAGUCAACGUGGAGGACGUUCAGGACAUGACCCCUGUCUUCGUGGGCACACCCUACUAUGGCUAUGUUUAUGAGGACACCCUUCCGGGCUCAGAGGUGCUGACAGUGGUUGCCAUGGAUGGAGAUCGAGGCAAACCUAACCACAUCCUCUACAGCCUCGUGAAUGGGAGUGAUGGAGCUUUUGAAAUUAAUGAGACGUCUGGAGCCAUCUCUGUCACGCAGAGCCCUGCCCAUCUCUGGAGAGAGGUGUAUGAGCUGCAUGUACAGGUGACAGAGGUCAGUUCUGCAGGGAUCCCAGCUGCCCAGGCCAUGGUACCAGUCACCAUCAGGAUCGUAGACCUCAACAACCAUCCACCAACAUUCUAUGGAGAGAACGGGCCCCAGAACAAGUUUGAGCUGUCCAUGUAUGAACACCCACCCCAAGGGGAGAUCCUGCGGGGCCUCAAGAUCACUGUCAAUGACUCAGACCAGGGUGCCAAUGCCAAAUUCAACUUGCGGCUGGUGGGACCUGGAGGCAUCUUUCGAGUGGUCCCACAAACAGUUUUGAAUGAAGCCCAAAUCACCAUCAUCGUGGAGAACUCAGCAGCCAUUGAUUUUGAAAAGUCCAAAGUGUUAACCUUCAAGCUUCUGGCCAUUGAAGUGAACACCCCAGAGAAAUUCAGUUCCACAGCGGAUAUUGUGAUCCAGCUCCUGGACACCAAUGAUAAUGUCCCCAAGUUCACCUCCCACUACUAUAUUGCCAGGAUCCCUGAGAACGCCCCAGGAGGUUCCAACGUGGUGACUGUCACAGCUGUGGAUCCAGACACAGGACCCUGGGGCAAAGUCAAAUACUCCAUCUAUGGGACUGGGGCAGACCUGUUUCUGAUCCACCCAUCCACUGGGCUUAUCUACACUCAGCCCUGGGCCAACCUGGAUGCUGAGGCCACUGCUAGGUACAACUUUUAUGUGAAGGCAGAGGACAUGGAGGGAAAGUACAGCCUGGCUGAGGUAUUUGUCAAUCUGCUGGAUGUUAAUGAUCACUAUCCCCAAUUUGGAAAGAGCAUCCAAGAGAAGACAAUGGUGCUGGGGACUCCAUUGAAAAUUGAGGCUACAGACCAGGAUGCAGAGGAACCCAACAACCUAGUGGACUAUUCCAUCACCCAUGCUGAACCAGCCAAUGUGUUUGACAUCGAUGCACACACAGGGGAGAUCCGGCUCAAGAACUCCAUCAACUCUCUAGAUGCCCUACACAAUAUCACACUCAGUAGGGACUACAGAUGGUCCCUCGAGGUCCAGGCUAAAGACCGAGGCUCCCCAUCCUUCAGCACCACAGCCUUACUCAAGAUUGACAUCACAGACACUGAGACGCUGUCCCAAGAUUCCAUGUCUGCCUUCCUGAUUCAGACCAAGGACAAUCCCAUGAAGGCUAUGGGUGUGCUGGCCGGCAUCAUGGCCAUUGUUGUGGCCAUAACUGUUCUCAUCUCUACUGCCACCUUCUGGCGCAACAAGAAGUCCAACAAGGUCCUGCCUGUGCGUCGUGUGCUCCGAAGACGGCCCAGUCCUGCACCCCGCACAGUCCGCAUUGAAUGGCUCAAAUUCAGGAAGGCCAAGGCUGCUACAAAGUUCAUUCUCAAAGAGGAUCUUCCCAAUGAGAACUUCAACAACAGCAGUGCAGGAAGCUCACUGCCCCCAAGAGCUCCAGCUCUCCCACCACCCCCCAGAAUGGCACCCAGUAUGGCUGCCCACUGGACAGUGCCUACAGUUUCUGGAUCCAUCACCCCUCAGCAACCCCAAAAGUCACCCAAACCCAAGGCCUUGGGAAGCCCUGUCCAGUCUACUUUGGUCUCUGAGCUCAAGCAAAAGUUUGAGAAGAAGAAUAUAGACAACAAGGCAUACUUCUAGAGUAUGUCUGUGGCCCCUUUCUUUCCUUCCCCCCAAAACAGGCCACCCUACUGCUCCCUACCCUCUGCUCUUCAAGGUCACCCCUGUUUUGUACAAUGAUGUAGCCCCCAUAUACAGGACUGUACACAGGGAUUUCUUGGGCUAUGGAUUGCAAUUAGUAAAAUCAUCCCAUUACCCAAAUCUUUGACACAGUUACAAUAUUUAACCAUUCUUCAGAGGCUGGGAAGUAACAACAUCCAUGUUAUGCACCUUGUACUCAGCAAACCCAACUUCACAGUUGCUUAAGUGCCACUGAUAUUUCAUCAUCCGUAGUCAAGGAACAGGGCCCUGGUCACAUGUGACAAAGCCAACAAGAAUCUGGACUCUAAAACCUACACCUAAGAGCAGGUACAGGAAUUGGAGGUAAGCCAUGGAAGAGCAAACGUAGACAAGAGGAGGGCCAAGAUGUUCUAAAAACUCAUGCUGACUGCAGGGCUAUGCCUGAAGCCAUUGGAACAAUGGAGUUUGGCUUCUGGGUGAGAUAUCCAGCCUCUGCUAUGCCCAGGAACACAGAGGUAUAAGAUGGCUUUGCCAAGAGUGAGGACAGAUGAUGUCACCAGCUAGGACUGUUCUGAACCCAGAAAAUGGGGCCACAGUGAUCUAGAAGCAACUGGAAGAGUGUCAAUGCCCCUCUCUGAGGAACUGCUCCCUGUCCAAGGAACUGCUCCCUGUCUUGAAGAAAUAGUACAGGGUGGUAGGCAGAUAUCAGGGAAACUGAUCUGGGGAGACCCGUUUUUAUCCAGAUCGUCUGCUCAUAUCAUGUAACCUUAGGCAAACUGUUCAAAAUUCCUGAUCACCUUCUUCCUUGUCUGAAAAAUGAAGAACUUAUGUUCAAGAAAUUAGUCGUGCUGAGGGCUUUAAUCAAGUGCAAAGGGACAGGAAUGCAAAGUAUUUUUCUAUAGGCCAGUUCUCUGAGUGCAGUUCUUCCAGAAAGUAUUAGAGCCUCAUAGCUACUCUGCUGAGUGUCCCCAGAAGGUGCUUAGCUGGAUUUGGGGACAGACACUGGUCCCAGACAGCCAGAGUCUAAGGAUGGCUUUGUCCUGACUCACAUACUUCCCUUCCAUUCUCUUCUCACCUCAUACUACUGUCAGAGAGCACCAGAGCUGGGCAGCAACAUUCAGUCCAAGCCUCUGUUUUGCCUGAGAUAAAAGAAAUGCAUUUCCAAGAGAGGAGCAAUUGGCCCAAUGCCACACAGUGAGUUGGAAGCAGAGAUCUGGUCUCAGGGCUUCUGGUCCUCGGCAUUGUCCUCUAGCUGUAGCACACCUUGUCAGUGUGUGACAGUUUCUCCAAGGAGAGACAUCUUGCAAGGUCACUCUGGUUAAUACAUAGAGGUUCUGCUCUGCUUUAAGCAGCCUUCUAGAAGGAAAUCUAGACAUGAACACAGAGAAAGAAAAGCCCAAUCAUUUUUUGUAUUUUGUUCAACUAGCUAAUAAGCCCUCUAGAAUACAUUGGUGAUUUUUUGUGAACAGGUUGAAUGCACAUGUGGUUUUCUUGAUGUCCAAGUCAGUGUUUUGGGAUGUUACCCAGAUGUGCCAGUGUGCAGAGUCCUUGUCAGGGUGUCGGCAGUUCCCAACCUGGCAGUAUUAAGGGGUGAGCUCUAGCAUGCCAGGAACCAAUUGGUAUUUUCCGGUUCAUGUUUCAAGAGAGGGCUGGGCUGGAUAAGGUUUGCCCUCCACAGGGAAUACAGAAUCCUUACAACAUGCAUGCAAUCAACCUC